AUGUCCGACGAAUCGAGCAUGCCACCGAGAUGCUGUGCUCAGCCAUUGCCAGGAUCCUUGAUGAAGGAUCUUCUCAGUCGCGACGCCCAACAGGAGUUCUUGAAGGCCAUUAUACAAUACAGCACACCCUGGCAGGCAAGGAUAUUCUGUUCCAACCCUUCAUGCGGAGGCUUCAUUCCACCACAUCAAAAAGUGGACUCCAAGUAUCCUUCCACUGUCACUUGCCGUAAAUGCAACACGAGAGUUUGCCUUAUGUGCAAACAUAAUGCACAUCCGACAGGUAAGGACUGCCCGGAAGAUUGGGAACUAGAUCAGGUUAUCAAGGAAGGAGGCAAAGCUGGCUGGAAACGGUGUUACAAGUGCCAGAACCUGGUGCCACUUGAUGAAGCCAGUACACACAUGACUUGUCGGUGCAAAGCCCAGUUCUGCUACACAUGUGGAGGUGUAUGGGACGCCAAUGCUGGGUGCCCGAACGAUUGUGAUGGGGAGGAAGAGAUGGACCGGAGGAGAACGGAGGAACAGGCUCAACUAGCCGAAUAUGAAGACGAGAAGGCCGCACAGGAAGCAGCCGCUGCAGCGGCGUCUGCCGAGCGCCUCGAAGCCGAAGAACGAACGAGAAACAAUGCUGAUUUCUCCCAUCUCGCCGAGAUGCAUCGGCAAGAACUUGAACGGUUCCUCGAAUUCGCUGAACAGGGGAGGGAGCAAAUGAGGGCACGGUUUUCCGAGCAGAAAAGUUCGAUGAUGAAGCGUCAUGCCGAGCUCAAGGAGAGCAUGAAAGAAAAACAUGCGAAAGCUGUGAGUCAAUUGGAGGAUCGGCAGGUAGCUGCCGAGAUGGACCUGAGAAACACUCUGGAAGCGAGUGAACGAAGUGUCAGGAUUCGACUGAAGCAUAUGGAAGCUUACUGUGAUGGGUUGGGACGCAAUGGUGCGAACUCAAGCCCCGGCUCGGACUCUCAACCACAUAGAGUGGUUACGGAACGCGAUCUUCGAGAGCUUGGGCAACAGUACAAUAUUCGCGAUGGCAUGGAAAGAUCACAUCAGGCCAAGAUUAAUGUGAUGAGGGACCGCCAGGCUAAACGCAUGGAAGAACUCAUCGACCGACAAGAGGCUGAGUACGAAACCUUACUCGAGCGGAAUCGACUGGAGCUCGUAGAGUUGCAUGCUCAGUCGGUCCUGGAGCAAGAAACACUGGCGCACACAUUCACUGCACGAAAAUCCAAGCUUGUGCGUCGAUGGGAACUUGCCAUCGAGAUCCUGCGCAAGGAGCUCGAAGACCAAGACGGUGUCAAGUACGCACCAAUUCCCACCCCGACAUGGCCUGAAUAG